AGCUCAUGCUGAGAUGCUAGUUUGUGUUAACAUGCUAACUCUUCUCAGUUUGUUCAUUUGUGGAGGCUAAUUGAAAUGUACUCAUUCUAUGCCAACUCACACUGUGUUUUAAGUAAGUAAAGUGUGUUUAUUUCUGUAAUCUGCAGUUUUACGGUGAUGUUGGAAAAAAGAAGACUUCAUUAAAGGACAAGAAAAGUCAAGCCUUGUGGUUUUUUGGAGGGCUUCUAGCUAACCGUUAUCUGACUGUCUAGCCUUGCAUCGGCACAUGCACUGCGAGGGCAGUACAGUAAAAAGACAUCACACGGCGGGCUCAAGCAGUAAACACGAUAUUCAGCAACAUGAGUCUGCGCUCAGGAAGAAACUAUCUUAAAGACUGUACCACUACACAGCAAGAAGCAGCUGGUGAAGAGCAGCUAACAGAGACUGUAGAUCAAGCUACCAAGAAAAAAGAGACUCAUCAAGCACGAGAUGUUAAGUCUCGGUCAUCUAGAGCAUCUGGUAGUUACACAUCAACAACGUCUUCAGCUACAAAGGCCUACGCUAAGGCGAAAGCUGCAAAGGCUGCGUUAGCCUUCGCUGAAAAAGAGGCUAACGUCAUGAAGCAGAAAGCUGAACUUGAAGCAAACCUGCUGAAGCAAAAAGCUGGCUUUGACGCUGAUCUCCAUCUCCUCCAGAGUCAAAAAACUGUGGCUGCAGCUGAAGCGGAGGCUUCAGCCUUUCUGGAGGCAGAGGUCGAAAGCGGGAAGCUCAGCCAGCUUCCAGAUGUCGAAGAAGAGCCCUUCAGUGCAGUUCAACGUACUAGUGAGUACGUACGUCGACACUCAGACAUGUUCAUACAGGAACUGCCUUACGAACCUGUCGUCGUGGGGACACAUAGAAUAAAACUAGAUGAACAGGAAACACCUGACACUAAGCCCAGAGUUUCUCAUGACAUUCAGAGAAACACACAGCACGUUUACGAAGACGUGAAAAAAGAACCAGCAAGGACACUGAGUGACACUCAACCUUACGGUGCACAGUACACAGCUAACCAUACAAGACAGUACGCACAUGAGACUAACGGCGCACAAGACUUCGCAAGAUAUCUCAUCAGAAAAGAAAUGGUUAGUGCUGGCCUUCUGCAAUAUGAUGACAAACCAGAAAAUUAUUGGUCAUGGAAGGCUUCCUUUCUAAGCUCCACAAGAGACUUGAAUCUUUCAGCCAGAGAAGAACUGGACCUGUUAACAAAAUGGCUGGGAGCUGAAUCGUCGGAGCAGGCCAAGAGAGUUCGCGCAGUGCACGUCCUCAAUCCCGCCGCAGGUGUUGCGAUGGUCUGGCGACGUCUCGAAGAGUGUUAUGGGACUCCUGAGGUCAUCGAGGACGCGCUGCUUAAAAAGAUUGAGAACUUCCCAAGGCUGACCAAUAAAGACACUGUUAAGCUGAGAGAGCUAAGUGACAUUCUCUGUGAACUGGAGGGUGCUAAGCAAGACGGUGCACUCCCAGGGCUCUCAUAUUUGGAUACAGCACGUGGUGUGAAACAAAUAGUGGAGAAACUCCCGUAUAACCUCCAAGAGAAAUGGACCAGCUUCGGAAGCAAGUACAAGGAGGAUUACAGAGUGGCUUUUCCUCCCUUCUCUGUCUUCUCGAGGUUCGUAGAACAGCAAGCAAGGAUAAAAAACGAUCCAAGCUUCGCUAUAACCCCCAUCAGCAGUCACGUCACUCCCAGAACAGAAAGGCCUACAAAGUACAGUGGUAGGGGGCCUGUAGCUGUACAUAAAACUGACAUCCCUGCAGAGUCAUCAGGUUACCAAGCCAGUCCUUUUCAGAAGAAAAUGGAAGAACCUGAUCGUCAGUGUCCGAUACAUAAAAAGCCCCAUCCACUGAAAAAGUGUAAGCUCUUUAGAAACAAAACUCUAGAAGAGCGCAAGUCAUACCUCAGAGAGAAUUACAUCUGCUACAGAUGUUGUGGGUCUACUCAACACAUGGCCAAAGACUGUAAAAUGACUGUCAAGUGUUCUGAGUGUAGCAGUGACAAACACAUCACAGCUCUGCACCCCGGUCCUCCUCUUCUGACCAUGCAGAGUGCAGCUGACGACAGAAACGAAAGCGGGGAGCAGAGUGAAAGCCGACCUUCUUCUGUCAACUCAAAAUGUACAGAGGUUUGUGGGAAUGCAGACGGUGCACGCUCUUGUUCAAAGAUCUGCUUGGUGAAAGCAUAUCCUGAAGGGAGAAAGGAGGAAUCAAUCAACAUGUAUGCAGUGCUAGACGAACAAAGCAAUAAGUCCCUAGCCAAGACAGAGUUCUUCAGUCUCUUCAGAGUAAAAACUAGCUCUGCCCCUUACACUCUCAAAACCUGUGCUGGGAAGUUAGAGACGUCUGGCAGGAGAGCUACUAACUUCGUCAUUGAGUCCAUGGACGGAAAAGUAAAGCUUGCCCUACCUCCCUUAAUAGAGUGUGACAUGGUGCCUGACGACAGGACAGAAAUCCCGUCCCCAGAGGACGCACACUAUCACCCCCAUCUACGGUCAGUGGCUGGUAAAAUCACGCCUGUGGACCACAACGCACCUAUCCUCUUGCUCUUAGGGAGGGACAUCCUAAGCGUACACAAGGUACGUGAGCAAAUCAACGGGCCCCAGGACGCACCUUACGCUCAGAGGUUAGACCUAGGCUGGGUCAUUGUGGGAGAAGUGUGCUUGGGCUCAGUUCAUAAGCCAUCAAAAGUGAACGUCUACAGAACAAACGUAUUGAACAACGGCCGCACGUCCUACCUACAGUCAUGUCCAAACAGUAUCCACGUGAAGGAAGACUACGGUGGUAUGGCUCCUCAUCACAGCACGACCUUACCAGCAGGUGACGUAAACACAAGUCUCCAUGUGGACACAGACAACUUGGGGUCUUCUGUGUUCGACAGGUCCAAGGAUGACAACAAGCUAGCGCUGUCCAUAGAAGACAAAGCCUUCCUAGCUAUCAUGGACACAGACGUCUAUCAAAAUGAAGAAAAUAGCUGGGUGGCUCCUUUACCAUUCCGGGCUCCCAGGCGUCGCCUUCCAAGCAACAGGCAGCAAGCCUUGAAACGCCUCUGCUCACUUCGGCGAACCCUGGAGAAAAAGCCGGAAACAAGAGAGCAUUACAUCAAGUUUAUGCAGAAAAUGCUGGACAGUGACCAAGCCGAGCUUGCUCCAGCUCUGGACAAAGAGAAAGAACACUGGUAUUUACCAACCUUUGGUGUGUAUCACCCGAAGAAACCUACCCAGAUACGUGUAGUUUUCGACUCAAGCGCCGAGUGUGAUGGAACCUCACUCAACAACGUCCUCCUGAGUGGACCGGAUUUGAAUAACACUCUGCUAGGAGUUCUUCUGCGGUUCCGUAAAGAACGCGUGGCUCUUACAGCAGACGUGGAACAAAUGUUUUAUUGUUUCGUCGUCCGAGAAGAGGACAGAGACUAUCUACGGUACCUCUGGUAUGAAGACAAUGACAUUGACAAGAAUGUGACCGAGUACAGGAUGAAGGUCCAUGUUUUUGGAAACAGCCCUUCACCUGCGGUGGCCAUAUACUGCAUGAGACGAGCAGCGCAGAAAGGUGAACAAGAACAUGGUUCUGACGCAAGACAGUUCGUUGAGAGGCAGUUUUACGUCGAUGAUGGUCUCAUGUCUGUCGCCACACCAGAAGAGGCGAUAGAUCUCCUCACACGAACCAGAGAAAUGUUGGCAGAAUCCAACCUGCGACUGCACAAGCUGGCGUCGAACAGUAGCCAGGUGAUGGAAGCGUUUCCGGUCGAGGACCGAGCCAAAGAUCUCAAGGAUCUGGAUCUCGGAGUGGAUCCCCUCCCUCUUCAGAGGAGUCUAGGCCUCUCCUGGAACUUGGAAUCAGACAGCUUCACUUACCUGGUGUCACGCGAAGAAAAGCCAUACACGCGAAGAGGUGUGUUGUCUACGGUCAACAGUCUGUAUGACCCCUUGGGCUUCGUAGCUCCUAUUACCAUGCAAGGAAAAGCGCUUCUCCGGGAGUUGUCAUCUCAGCAGAGUGAGUGGGAUGCUCCUCUCCCUCCACAAAUGGAGGCAGAGUGGAACUCGUGGAGAGACUCUUUGAAAGCUCUGGAAGACCUGCACAUAAGGAGAUGCUACAUACCAGUUUCGCUGUCUUCAACACAGACAAAAGAACUGUGUAUCUUCUCAGACGCUUCCACAGUAGCCAUAGGAGCAGUGACUUACAUGAGAGCUACAGACGCCGAGGGACAGUAUCACGUUGGGUUUGUCAUGGGGAAAUCAAAGUUAGCUCCUCGGCCCGCUCACACCAUUCCACGUUUGGAGCUCUGCGCAGCUGUGCUGGCUGUUGAGCUGUACGAGCUGAUCAGUGAUGAGAUGGACGUGGAAGUGGACACUGUCAAGUUCUUCACGGACAGUAAGAUCGUUCUUGGCUACAUUCAUAACUGUACAAGAAGAUUUUACCUCUAUGUCUCCAACCGGGUAACUCGGAUCAGACGAUCUACACACCCCAGUCAGUGGCACUAUGUGCCGACGGAUCUGAAUCCCGCUGAUCAUGCGACAAGGUUCAUGCCAGCACGCCAACUCCAGCAGAGCAGCUGGCUGUCAGGUCCAGCUUUUCUCUAUCAAAACAAAGCAGCGGAGAUAUCCGAUUCUAGUGUCUUCGCCCUCAUUGAGCCUGAAGUGGAUGAGGAGAUUCGUCCGGAGGCUACAGUUCUGGCAACCAAGGCAUCAGAGUCUCAGUUGGGCUCUCAACACUUUGAGAGAUGUUCAAGCUGGAGAACACUCUAUCACACCGUAGCCAGACUUAUUCACGUUGCAGCAUCCUUCAAAGGAAAGUCAGACAAGGAUGAAAAGAAAGGAUGGAAGUGUUUCGGAGACGCAUCCAGCAUGAGUGAGCUUCUACAAGCCAAAGCUGUGAUCAUCCGCUCUGUUCAGCACAGUGCCUUUAAAGAGGAAUUCAAGUGUCUUGAAAGCGAACAGACCCACCCCAAGCAGAGCGCACUCAAAAGACUCAAUCCAGUCGUGGACGAAGAUGGUAUGCUUCGUGUUGGAGGUCGUCUUUCUCAUGCUGAUCUCUCAAAGAAAGAAAAACAUCCAUUGAUUAUUCCACACACGCAUCACAUCGCUACACUUCUUGUGAGACACUUCCACGAACAAGUAGCUCAUCAAGGAAGACAUAUUACAGAAGGAGCCAUAAGAUCGGCUGGAUACUGGAUAAUUGGGAGCAAGCGUCUAGUGUCUUCUGUCAUUUACAAGUGCGUUACCUGUCGCAGGCUACGAGGAAGGUUGGAGAAUCAGAAGAUGGCUGAUCUGCCUGCCGACCGACUUACUCCUGAGCCCCCAUUCACCACAGUUGGCCUCGAUGUCUUUGGUCCGUGGUCCGUCAUGACACGUCGGACAAGAGGAGGAUCGGCAGACAGCAAACGCUGGGCUGUGUUGUUUACAUGCAUGUCGACCAGAGCAGUACAUAUCGAGCUAAUCGAAACCAUGUCAACCGACAGCUUUAUCAACGCUCUCCGGAGGUUUUUUGCGGUUCGAGGUCCAGCAAAACAUCUGCGGUCAGACAGAGGGACCAAUUUUGUGGGUGCUUGUGGAGAACUGGGUAUAAGCACAGAAGACACAACAAUCAAGAAGUACCUCCAGGAGAAAGGCUGCUCCUGGGUGUUUAAUCCCCCUCAUGCUUCCCACAUGGGCGGCUCCUGGGAAAGGCUCAUCGGGGUUGCCAGGCGCAUCCUGGAUGCGAUGUUGCUUCAGGCAGGACCAACACGUCUCACUCAUGAAGUCCUGAGUACUUUCAUGGCAGAAGUCAUGGCAAUCAUGAACGCGAGACCUCUUGUUGCCAUAUCCACAGACCCGGAUAUGCCUAUGGUGCUCACCCCAGCGACACUCCUUACUCAAAAGAUGAGUGCAGUUUCAGCCCCCAGUGGAAACUUCGACACAGCUCAGUUGUACAGCAAGCAGUGGAAACACGUUCAGUGUCUUGCUGACACGUUUUGGAAGAGAUGGAAGGGAGAGUAUCUGUCUACGCUACAGAGCCGCAGGAAGUGGACAGAGGACAAACCAAAUGUGAAAGAAGGAGAUGUCGUCUUGCUGAAAGACAGCCAAGUCAGCAGGAACGAAUGGCCUAUGGGUCUAGUCGUGAAGACUUUGCCAAGCAGUGAUAACAGAGUCCGCAAAGUCGAACUGCGGAUUGUGAAAGAUGGGACAAAUAAGGUGUUCUUAAGGCCGGUCUCGGAGAUCGUAGUCCUUCUUUCAGAGACUUAAUGUGUGUUGUUUUCAGAAAGCAUUCCGCUUUAAAAUUUGUGUGUAUCUGGAGUGAUAUAAUGUAAUCAUAUCAAGCGGGGAGUGUUCUGCCUUUGCAGAUGAAAAAGUUAAAAGUAAUAAGUUAAGUUAAAAUUCAUCAGUUCAUACGUAGAUUUAAAAAGUGUAUGUUCUUGGUUGUAAGAAACUGCGUCAGAGUGAGUGGUCUUUUCUUUGGUCUCGAGAAACCGCAUCGUAGUGAGCGCUCAGUGCGUUAGCAGCAGCUAUGUAACCAGCGCGGUUGUUCUCCUCAUUACAUGCUCAGGAGAGCUGAGGCACGCACAGACAGAUAAGCAGACUGUUAAAAUCAUAUUG